AUGGCGUUGCAGCGUGUUGGAUGCAUGUUACUCUUCUUCGUCUUGGUUUUUACUGUUGUAGGUGUGACAGCGAUCCAAAAUGACACAGCUGCACGUGAUGGUGGUUCAAGUGAUUACCUGGCAGAGAGACGUUUACGUCACGUUCUGAUGGGACACGAUGACUAUUACGUCAGAGAAAGACCCGUCAAUAUAUCAAGCGAUCCAGUCCAUGUCGAUAUCAAAAUGGUUAUGUAUGGUCUGAUAUCACUGAAUGAGAUGGACCAAAUAAUGAAGGGAGCAUCCUGGCUCGUUAUGCAAUGGUAUGACUACAGAUUUCAGUGGAAUCCUGAAGAGUUUGCCGAUAUGGAGGUUCUAUCGCUUCGUAUGGAUGAGAUAUGGACACCAAAGAUCCUUCUGACAAACACUGCUAAUGAAAACGUCGAAAAUCCAAUUCAAGAAAAUACUUUUCAAGUGUUGGCAACGCAUCAUGGCAUCAUCACACUCUCAGGUUCAAUUAUUCACGAAACGACAUGCAUGAUGGAUCUUAGAAUGUUUCCUUUCGACAAACAGGAGUGUCAUAUACGGUUCCAAACUCAAAACAUGCCCAUCAAUCUGGUUCACCUACACAACAGUAGCUCUGCAUUGAAAAUCUUUCCAGGCGGUAAAUUUCACUCCCAAUGGGAACCCCUUGGUAUGGAGGGACGUAAAGAGAUACACACCAUCAAUGACUCGGUAGCCAGACAUACGAAGACUUACUCUAGACUUGUCAUCACUUUGAAAAUAAAAAGGAUCCCGACCUUCUAUAUCUACAAUAUUGCUUUGCCUUCAUGCGUACUGACCGUCAUCACACUGUUUGUGUUUUGGUUAUCGCCAGAGAGCGGAGAAAAGAUCUCUCUGAGUAUCUCCUUAAUGCUUGGCCAGGCAGUGUUCUGGUUGGUGGUAGCCGACGCAUUACCUCCCACCGGUACAUCCCCUCUGCUUUCAGAUUCAAUUCGGGUGAACUUCAUCGUCGGCAGCCUGGGGAUCAUGUUGAGUGUAAUCACCGUCACCAUUCACCAUAAAGUCGGCACUAUCAAGAACAGAUUCCUCAGGAAAUUGUUCGUGAACGUAUUGCCUCGGAUCGUGUGCUUAUCGCCUCCUGAUUGGACGAAAGUUGGCAACUCCUCGCUGUGCAUGGAAACCGUGCGUGAAUCAAAGUUCACAGAGGGAGGAAGUGAAGCGAAUCUGAGUGUCAUCAGUGACCAAUUAGGAACGAGCAGCACAGACCUGCUCAAGAUCAGCCCAUGUAAUGGUGAAGGUGAAAUGAAGCUGCUAGCGGCAACUCUAGAUCGCAUUUUCUUUGUCUGCACCGCUCUCAUCUUUAUUGGUGGCAACGUGGAUUUUUACCUGAAAGCCACUGCACAAGAGUACAAUUGAAUUUUCCAGACGGGACCCGAGAUACUAUAGCACACAAAAUGGUUCAAAUAAUAAGUAAAUGUGGAAUAAUUAAGACCCAUUUACAUGUACAUUGUGAUGGG